CCAACAAAAAUUAGUAUCAUCCCGUCUCGUCUGGGCUCAUAUCUCCUUUUCGCUGUUUGGCAUUUUGGCAUCUCUCCUCUCCUGGCUUCUAUCUUCCUUCCAGGCCCUCUCUCUCUCUAUACACGCCACAAACCCUUCUUCUUUUUGGUUUAUUCUUCGUUUUCUUCUUUUACCCGCAAAGCCAUUCUUCUUCUCUUCUUUUUCUGGUCGUGCAUUUUACAGAAAAGGGUACGAUACAAUCCAUAAAGAAACGGGUCCUGUGUUUUGGGGUUACAGAGCACAUUUAUCAGACAUAACGCAUCCUUCUCUGUUUCAGAUCGGGGGGGAAAUGCGUUUUUCUUUCCAUUCUCACGAAUCAGUUGGCCUCUCAAGACAGAAUCUGUGCGGGCGCUAAAGGGACGCGUUGCUUUUUGUCGAGAAAGCGAUAGCAGCGGAGGCAUCUCUGCUCUUUCUGUGUUUCUAGCUUUGCCUUCUUGCCGACAACAAUUUUGUGGGUGUUUGAAGGUUGUGAUUUUGGGGUUUGAGUAGAAAUGGUGGCUGUGAGAAACGUUGUGCUGGUGCUGCUUUGUAUAACUGUUGUUGCUCCGCUUGUUCUCUACACUGAUCGUCUUGGUAACUUCAAGUCACCUUCUGCCAAGCAAGAGUUUAUUGAUGAAGUUGCUGCUUUUGCUCACAGUGCUGGAGACUCUGGCCAUUUGAAUCUGCUACCCCAGGAAACUUCAACGGUUCUUAAAGAACCGAUUGGGGUUGUGUAUACUGAACGUUCAACCGACACCAAGACACCUCAAGAUUUGCAAUUGGCUGAAUCAAGAGAACAUGUAUCUGCCAGGGUAUUGUCAACUACAAAUGAGGAUGAGCAAGGUAAAACGGAGAACCUCAUAAGAAAGGUGACAGAUGGAAUCACUCAAGAAACUAAAGCUGAUGCAAAUGGUGAAAAGGUUACCAGCCAAGAGGAACAAACAGCUGGAACUUCUGGCGAAGUAACCAAUAGAAUGCAUAGAUCAUCUGAAACCAAUAAGCCAAAUGACAAAAUACCAUCAGAUGCCCGGGUACGGCAACUAAAAGACCAGCUUGUGAGGGCAAAGGUUUAUCUUUCCCUUCCUGCAGUAAAAAACAAUCCCCACCUUACUCGGGAGCUUCGUUUGCGGGUUAAGGAAGUCUCACGAACACUAGGGGAUGCAAGCAAAGAUUCUGACUUGCCCAAGAAUGCAAAUGAGAGAAUGAAGGCAAUGGAGCAGUCCUUGAUGAAAGGAAGCCAAAUUCAAGAUGAUUGUGCUGCUGUUGUGAAGAAACUUCGUGCUAUGAUUCAUUCAACAGAGGAGCAGCUUCGUGCGCACAAGAAACAGACGUUGUUCUUAACACAAUUGACAGCAAAAACACUGCCUAAAGGUCUUCAUUGUCUUCCACUGCGCCUUACAACUGAGUAUUAUUCAUUGAAUUCUUCUGAGCAAGAGUUUCCAAAUCAAGAGAAGUUAGAAGACCCUGAACUAUUCCACUACGCAAUAUUCUCUGAUAAUAUUUUGGCAACAGCUGUUGUUGUGAAUUCAACUGUUUCCAAUGCUAAGCACCCAUCAAAGCAUGUCAUCCACAUUGUCACUGAUAGGCUCAAUUAUGCGGCAAUGAGGAUGUGGUUUUUGGCAAAUCCACCAGGCAGGGCAACUAUUCAAGUUCAAAACAUUGAAGAAUUUACAUGGUUGAAUGCAAGUUACAGUCCUGUUCUUAGGCAGCUGGGAUCUCGAUCUAUGAUAGAUUAUUACUUUAGGGCUCAUCGGGACACUUCUGAUUCAAACCUCAAGUUUCGAAACCCUAAGUAUUUAUCUAUCUUGAACCACCUCCGGUUCUACCUGCCUGAGAUCUUUCCAAAGCUCAACAAAGUUUUGUUCUUGGAUGAUGAUAUAGUUGUGCAGAAGGAUCUAAGUGGUCUUUGGUCAAUUGAUUUGAAGGGCAAUGUAAAUGGUGCUGUAGAAACCUGUGGAGAAAGUUUCCAUCGCUUUGAUCGUUACCUCAAUUUCUCUAAUCCUCUUAUUGCAAAGAAUUUUGAUCCGCGUGCUUGUGGAUGGGCAUAUGGUAUGAACGUUUUUGAUUUAGCUGAAUGGAAGAGACAAAACAUCACAGAGGUGUACCACAACUGGCAGAAGCUGAAUCAUGGCAGACAACUGUGGAAGUUAGGAACACUUCCACCUGGUCUCAUAACAUUCUGGAAGCGCACUUUUCCACUGAACAGAGGCUGGCAUGUGUUGGGUCUUGGCUACAACCCCAGUGUCAACCAACGAGAGAUUGAGAGGGCGGCUGUUAUACACUACAACGGGAACAUGAAACCAUGGCUGGAGAUAAGCAUUCCUAAGUACAGAAGUUACUGGUCGAAGUAUGUUAACUACGAUCACUUGUACUUGAGAGAGUGCAACAUCAAUCCAUAGACGAGUCUCGUGGUAUGUUUAAGUUUUCUUAGCAUUAGCGUUGAUGAUGCAAGUCCAUCUCCACAGGGAUGCUAUUUUUCUUUUUGAAUGUUUGAAAUUCUUUUGUACACACUCCUGUAUUUUUGGUUGAUUUGGGCAGAGAAGAAUCAGUUCCAAAUUAGAUAGUCAAUUUGCAGUUCUUGAUCCCAUGCCUGCAGAGACACCAAACUGUAUUUGUAAAUGAAAUGAAGAGGCUAGAUUUUUUUUUUUUUCCCCGUGGUUUCCUACUUUACUUCAUAUUCUCAUCUUGCUCUCCACUUGUUUACCCGUUUUUGGCUGGACAAAAACUAGAUAUUGAUCCUCCAAAAAUGGCGUGAUUACCACUUGGACACUAGCAAGUCCUUUUGUAUCUCUUCAGUAUUGUAAAGAAUGAUUUCAUUUCAA